AAUGAAUUCUAUUUUGGAGAGAGUUGUCACUCCCAAAGAAGCAGUAACCUUAGAAAGGAGUGUUAAACACUACAACAAUUUUUCCCCAAUGUUCAGAGGGCCAUUGAAUAGUAAUACAUUGCUGUCAAUAUCAAAGAAUUGACUCAAUAAUAAACUAUUAACUAAAAACUCAAAGAAAUUCAAGAGCUUUCUUAAAGGAACGCUGAGUGCAAGAAAGUCCAUCAGGAAAAGACUAGGGAGACCACAAAGAAAUGAGAGGGUUUUGAGUAGUGGGAACACUCUUGAUGAGAUUCCUCAGAUCAGAACAACGAGAUCUCCUCUAAACCAGAGCAAGGGAUUUUCCCAAUGUAAAACUCCUUCUUGAAUGGCAACAAUGAUUAACCUUCCUACUUGAGAUUCAUACAUUAGCAAGGGUAAAACUCCCAAAAAUACUCAAUAUGAAGAACCAGAAGUUAUAAUUACUGAAAAAUAAGCCGGAUGUAUCAAAUAAGGAAUUAUUUCGGAAUAAAACCCAGUCACAUUUGCUGAUUCAUAAAGAAGAUACUCAGGAGAUUUUGGAGGCAAUUUGCCAGGUACCCUUCUCUACUGGGCUAAAAUCUUCCACUAGAAGGAACUUUUAUAAACGUUAUAAUCCUGAAAAUAAAAAGUCUAAAAAGACUAAAGCUAGGCAUAAUUCAAAGUAUCAGAUAUAUUGAAUGAAGAAACCAAAGCCGGUCAAUAUCAUUUGAGAAAUAAUGAAACGUCAAGCAACUAAGGAUAUGCUGAUUGAGCAGCUUAGACAAGAAUUUAUAAAUGCAGCCUCAUUUCAAUUGUAUUAGGCAGUAGAGGUAGAGGCUAUAAAGGAGAAAUUGCUGACAAGAGACAUGUUACUACUUAUAACAACUUCUCUGAAAGAUUCAAAGGAAGUAAUUUGCAAAACACAGGAGCUCAAGAUUCUCUGUUUGAUGCUAACCUUAGCAAGAUUGAUAGGGUAAAUGAAAGGAUCCGCUCACUCUCUCCAAACAGAAAUAUUCUAACUGAUGGGGAAUAUAACAUUAACAGUGUCCAUGACAUUCUUGAACAGCUAAAAUUGAUAGAGAAAAAGAAAGAAACUCCCCUCAAGAAGCACAGGUACUCUAAGGAGGCUCUUCAGACCUACAAAGAUAUAAGAAAUUUGUCAAAAUAAUUCAUGC